AUGUACACAAACUUCCUUCAUAUCUUCUCAUUAUUUAUCAUCACGACCCUCGUAUUGCUCUACUUCCCGGGUUCCUUCUGUCAAAAUGGUGGGGAAUAUGCAGCCUGUGGUGCUCCGUUUCGAUGUGCCGGAAUCCAGGAAAUAAGUUAUCCAUUCUGGGGUGGGAAUAGGCCGGAUUAUUGCGGAUAUCCAGGUUUCCAGCUCAAUAAUUGCCAAGGAGAUGUCCCAAUACUUACUAUUUCAUCAAUACAAUAUCGUGUCCUGGAAAUCAAUAGCACCGCACACACUCUCAAGGUUGCAAGAGAGGAUUUAUGGAACAACACUUGUCCCAGAUUUCUUUACAACACAACCUUGAAUCGGAACCUUUUUGAGUUUUCACCCAAUGAUCAAAACGUUACUCUACACUAUGGUUGCUCCACAUCUAGUGGUCAGCCUUCACCACGGCCCCCACAUAUGUUCGAUUGCACUGUGAAUGGAACCAACAGCGAAAGUUUGUUCACAAUAGGAGAAGAUUCACCAUCUAUCCCUGGAACUGGAACUGAUAUCAGAUGUGAUACUAAUAUCUCUGUUCCAGUCAAUGAAACUGCGGCAGGGAAUUUGGCAGGUUCUACAGCUUCAAUCGUUCUUCUUCAGGACGCGCUUGCUAGUGGCUUCUCAUUGCAGUGGUCAGCGAAUAAUAGGGUCUGCAGAAAUUGCAUUCGGUCAGGUGGGCUAUGCGGAACUAAUCAGGAUUCUCAAGCACUUGCUUGUUAUUGUGCUGAUGGAACUCAUGCGUCAAUUUGCAACACUACUCAAACUAGAAACAAUACUCAAAAUGGAAUCAAUACUCAAACUGGAAACACUACUCAAACUGGAAACAUAACUCUAACGGGAAACAAUACUCAAACUGGAACCCGAAAUGGCUUACGUUUUGGUUGCAGGAUCAAAGAAAGGAAAGGGCUUGAUGAUAAGUGGAAACCGUAUCGUGUCCUGGAAAUUGAUGACUCCACGAAGACAGUUAGAGUUGCCAGAGAGGAUUUAUGGAACACCACUUGUCCCAGAUCCUUUUACAACACAACAUUGGAACAAAACAUCUUUCUGCUUUCUCCCAAUUAUCCAAACAUUACUCUAUACUACGGUUGCUCGACAUUUAAUGGUCAGCCUAUACCACAGCUCCCAUCGAUGUUCCCUUGCGUUGGGAACGAUACCAGCAGCGCAAGUUUCUUCACAGUAGGAGGAAAUUUUCCAUCUAUCCCUGGAUUUGAAACUGAUAUCAGAUGUGAGACUAGUAUCUCCGUUCCAGUCAAUCAAACUGCGGCAGAGUUCUUGGCAGGUUCUACAGCUUCAAUCGUUCUUCUUCGGGACGCUCUUGCUAGUGGCUUCUCAUUGCAGUGGUCCGCGAAUAAUAACGUCUGUGAAAAUUGCACUCGGUCAGGUGGUCUAUGCGGAACUAAUCGGGAUUCUCAAUCAUUUGCUUGUUAUUGUGUUAGUGGAACUUCUGCGUCAACUUGCAACUCUAUUGAAACUGAAAACGGUACGUGA